AUUUCAUAGUUGGUAAUGCGCAAAUGCGUCACGUUUGAAGGUUAGGAACUCGUUAAGUCUCGUUUCGUUGUAAAAAGACGUUAAAAUACUCAUAGUAUUGUGUAAUUAACGAUUAGUAGAAAAUUUUAGUGUUUAUCAGUGUGUUGCGAUGUCUUCGAACAAACCGACGUCCAGUACGUUACGAAACGGUACCACUAGCACAGGAAAAACCGUUUUCAAUGGUAUCACAUCGACCCCUAUAUCGUCUCAAAAAACUUGGAUGUCAAAUUCAUCACUUUCGCCUCUUAGAUUAACACCUUUACGGGGACCACCACGAUAUUCAUUGUCCGAAGCUCCAAAUAGACCAACAAGUACUCCAAAACCACAAAGUUCGCCAUUAACAAAAUCAUCAAAACAUAAUUAUUCUAAUUUAGUAGCUUACACAGAUGCAAAAAGUCCUGGUUUGUCUAGUAGAAUUGUUCAAUAUAGUAAUGAAACGAGAGAUAACCAAACCCUAACCCAUCAAACUAGGUAUGGAAGUCCGGGUAUUUUCCCAGUGGUGCAUUUUUUUAAAAAAGAUGUUCCUGUUAUUUCUCCUAAGCCAAAGAAAGUUAUGGUACGAUUGGCUUCUCCAGAUGUACAUUGGUAUAAUAAAACAAAAUUUAAUAAGCCUAAUAUUAAUGAAACAAGAAAUGGACAUCAUACACCUCAAGUAAACAGUUCUGAAACAGAAACAAGAAGUGUUCUAGAUGCUCUAAGAGAGAUUUCCCGGAAAAGAAUUCACACUGAUUCAGAAUUUGAAUCUACGCCCGAAGCGUCAUGUAAAAGACAAAAACGAACCGAACCCGAUAAUGGAACAUUUGAAACAAAUAAAAGAGCGAGAGAAGAUUCUCCAAAAUCGUCAGAUAGCUCUAACGCAAUCUCUCCGACUUCUCACCAAUCUAAAAAGAUUUGUGUGGUUGAUGUUUUAGCCGCUUCAUUCACGUCGUCCCAAUUAUUCAAAGAAAAAAUGCAAAACUCCCUUAAACGAAAAUCAGAAGUUGAAAUUGAGAAACCAAUUAAAUUAGGAGCUAAAAGACAUACGACGCUUUCUAAUGCAGAAACGCAAACAGUUAAUAUAGAACCUAAAAUUAUAAUUCAAAAAGUAGUUGAUCCACGCCCAUCUGAAGUAUUACCAGAAAAAAAUAUUGAGAUUAAAUCCCCAGAUCCUAAAGAAUCUGAUGGUAAGAUGGAAGAAGAUGAAUCUUCAAAACAAUCGAUUAUUUUUGAUGAAAAUAAAUUGGAAGUACAACGUAAAAAUAAAUUAGCAGUUUUGCUUGGAGUGUUAACUGGCGAAAAAACAAAUAUAAUUCAAGAGAAUGACAAAAAUGAGCAAAAAUCUAAUGAUAAAGAAUCGAAUCAUGAGCAGAAAUUAGUUGGAAUUCUUUCCCCUAUGAAUAAAGUAAAACAUGAUAAACAUGUUCAUUUCAAUUUAACACCCGAAGUGAAAUCAAUUAGUAGUUCAGCAUCUAUUAUAACUGAAAAAAUUAAUGAAAAGGUUAAAGAAGAAACAAAGAAAAAUAAUACAAAUGUUAGUACUGGUUUAAUUUCAUUAAAACCUGAAGUUACAACACAAAUUACAACUGCAUCUUUAUCAACAAUCACAACAACUACAAGUACAUUAGCUUCGCCUAUUGUAACUACAAUGGUAACGACGACAAGUGUAAAAUCGAAUGAACCAAUUAAUUCAAAUCCAAUUACAAAUCUAUCGUUUUCUUUUGGUACAACACCUGCAUCAAAUAACAUGGAAACCCCUAAAAAAUCUACCGGUGGAUUUAAAUUUAAUCUCACCCCACCAAAUACUUCUGCUCCAAUUUCAACUACAUCCACCGUAAAGUCUUCAGAUUCUCAACCAACAUUUAAUUUUGGUGCUUCAAAAUUACCAAUGGUUAGUACUCCAACACCUCCACCUACAUUUGGUGUUAAAGAACCUGCAAAAUCUAAAGAGAAUCCACCAGUUUUUGGUAAUAACAAAAAUGACUCAUCUAUUCCAACAUUUAAUUUAAAUACUACUAUUCCACAAACGACCACUUCAUUAAGCGGUUUUGGUACUACAAAUACUCAAACUUCCACAACUCAGUCGAUGUUUACUUUUGAUGGAAAUACAUCUUUUAAAACCUCUCAAAAUGCGAACAGUGUAGCGCCCAUUUUUGGAUUAACGCCGCCUUCAACUUUUGGAACACCCACUAUAGAAAAUAAGAGCAGCGGCGUUUCAAUUUCAACAACAUUUGGAAAACCAAUUUCGUCAUCAACUGCAUCAGCUCCAAGUUUUGGAAUAACGUCUGGAUUACCUUCGACCAAUCCUGGGGCAAAAACAACCCAAUCUAUGCCGAUUUUUGGAGUAACAACUACUUCUACUAGAUUUGGUACCAUAACUACAAACGCUACGAAUAAAACUACUUCUAUAUUCGGUUCAAAUACCACUUCUACUCCUACAUUUAGUUUAAAUACUUCUACAACAACUGGUUCAACAAUGCCUUCAACUGGAUUUGGUACAGUAGUUGCCACGCCUGGAUUUGGUACUGCAUCUGCUGGUAAUGCUAUAACUGGAUUUGGUGCGACUUCAUCAGUGUUUGGCACAGCUACAACUACAUCAGGAUUUACAGCAACUACUGUUUCUUCGGCGUUCGGUACAACGUCAGGAUUUUCGACUACAACUCCAACAUUUGGUACGUCUACGUCCAGCGCUUUUGGAACACCUACAACAUCUGAUUCAAAGAUAGCUUCACCGCCUUUUAAUUUUGGAUCAACGAAUAAUAAUAAUUUUGGCUCUCCUACUUUGGGCGGAAAUGGAUUUGGAGCUCCAUCAACAACAGCUGCUUCGUUUGGAACUCCAUCAACAAAUACUACUUUUGGUGGUUUUGGACAACCAGUAAUGACAUCUUCGUCGUUCAAUGCUACUACUAGUACCAGCUCUACAGUUUUUGGAGGAUCUGGAAACAACGUUCACAAAUUUGGCAAUGCACCUUCGACUUUGCAAACGUUUGGUAAUACAAAUGUAACCAGUGGUUUUCCUGCAACUUCAACCGCGGCACCUGGAUUUGGAAAUAAUAACACAUUUGGGACAGUAUCUCAAGCAAAUACUGUUUUUGGUGGACAUAAUAAUGGAUUUGGAUCAAAACCGCAAACAGCAGCCUCCUCCGUAUUUGGUAAUACAGGAUUUGGAACCACAACAACUGCAAAUACUACUUUUGGAACGAAUACUAGCGGUGGUUUCACAAAUCAAAGCUUUUUCGGUAAAGGCACAUCCACCACUACUACUCCAAGUACUAAUAAUAAAGCGUUUAAUUUUAAUGCUGGAUCAAAUAAUACCAACUCGGGAUUUAAUCCCCCAUCAUUUAAUUUUGGAACAACAAAUCCACCCGGAUUUUCUGAUAAUAAACAACCUGGAUUUGGAACAACAUUCCCUUCAAAUGGUUUUGGUUCAAACACGUCAACCACAACGUCGACAACCACAAAUAGCACCACGAGCAUUUUUGGGGCGGCAACGGGUGGUUUUGGAGGAAACUCAAGUUUUGGCGGGAACACGUCGUUCGGCGGAAACAACAACCAAGCUCCCCCACCAUUUGGAAGCAGCAACAAUAAUACGUUUAACGCUUCUGGUAGUAACAAUAAUACUUUUGGUGCCUCAACAACCAAUAAUAAUUUCGGCACCCCUGCUAACACCUCUAACUUUGGUGGUUUUGGAAACGGCGAUUCCACAACAUUUCCAAAACUUCCAAGUACCGGCGGCUUUGGAGCUUCCGGCGAUUCAACUUUCCAAUUCGGCGGUAGUAAUAAUGCCGCCCCUCCAGUCUUUGGUGCAGCAAACCCAAUAAACAAUACUUCAAGCGGUUUAGGACAAGUUUUUUCGUUUGGCGGAUCUAAUACAACCACACCAGCUAAUAAUACAAGUGGAGUAUUCGCUUUUGGUAGCACAGAUCAAAAAAGUAAUUUUUCAGCUAGUAAUAAUAAUACUUCUGGCUUUGGAACUGGAGGUACUACUUUUGGAUCGAAUUCAGUUCCUGGAAGUUUUAAUACCACACCACAAUUUGGAACACCGACUGCAGGUAUGUUUAGUAUAGGUACUGGAUCAAGCACUGGACCAAAACAACGACAUCAACUAAAAGCUAAGAGAAGAACCUAGAAGUUGCUGUACUGAUCAAAAAAGAAUUGCGACGGUCAACACCAUAAGGAAAUGGAGGAAACUCAACAUUUUCUUAGACUUUUGAGUUAGUACAUUGAAGAAGAAAACAAAAUGCUAUUGAGUUGUUAAUUAAUGUUUGCAUUAUUUGUAUAAUUCACUUCAACGUACUACAUUUUAUAAAAAUAGUGAAAUUUAUUUAUUUCAUACUGUUUUGAUAUAACUAUAUAUUUUUUUAAAAUUCUGUUUAUUUCGUACCAUUACCCAGUACAUUAAUAUGAAUUCGUACUGUUCAAAAAAUGUUAGUAAGUUAGUGAAAUUUGUUUUAUGUGUAUUUACUAAAAGUAAACUAUACAAUGAUGUUUAAAGAAAUGAACUUAUGCGAAUUUUAAUAAUGAUACAUAAUCUGUUGUAAAUAUCGCUUUUGAUCCAAUUUACCAUGUUUCGGUUUUUUUUUUUUGUAUUGGAAUGGUUUGGUGCAAGUGUGUCUUUUUGUACAGGAGAGUAUCAAUUUAUUUUUUAAAAUUUGUAUGGUCGUGUUAAUUUGACUUAAUGUCCUAUUUGAUUAAUCUGUACGAAAAUGUGUUACUAUUAGACAUUUUAUCGUUUAAUUUUAUGCGACGUUAGCAUGAUUGUUACUGUGUAACGAUUACUAAGUACUUCGAUAGGAGGAAAAUUCCCCCUUAUUUUAUAUAUUGUGUACAUGUUAUUUUUUAUAACGGCGGAAAUGUGAUAUGUAUAAUCAUGCUUGCAGAAGCAUAAGAAAAUUAUUGGUAUAUAAUUAAAUUUCUUGUAUUUAACUAUUAAAAGGAAAAUAAACCUGUUAGUAUUUAGAUUCA